CCGUCAGUUGCGUUUAGUUCACAUCCGAAGGAACGAGAAGCUCCCAAGUGCUACGCUAGGGUGUUGGGUGUCCGUUCUUUUAUGUGAAAAAGAUAUAGAAAUUUGAUUGUCGUGCAAUUAAUAUGCGGUUCGUAUUAUGAUAUGGCAUUUGACACGCUCCUACAAGGUGUUUGAUUAACUGGAACAUCAAUUUUUGCCUGACACCCUCAUCAUUUUCCAUUGUGAUCGGUGUUCAAUAAGUGCAGGGGCAACGUGUCUUCACAAAUAACCAGUAACGAAUGAAAUUCUGUUACUCUUUACGUUCACAUGGGCAAGGCAAAAUCAAGUGAACGGUCGACCUAAACGUUCGUGGUACGCCUCAAGGUGAGGAAGAGCCAUGUCACGUGGUCAGGGGAACUUCAGCUACACAGCCGUCCCGUCGCCCUCUGAGAGCCUGAGUGGGAAGCUCCUUCACCAAACUUCGGACAGUGUGUCAGAGACAUUGUCAGAUAUGUUGAGUACAGAUGAAUCAAACAGUGGCGUGUCGUCAGCAGACCUCAACGCGUGGGAUCCUGACGCCGCCAGAUUGCUGAAGGUGGUGGAUAAUGAAUCUCUGGAAGGUCUUAAAGCUCUCUUGGUCGCAGGCGUGCACAUCAAUGGCCAUGGAGGCUCGUUCCAUGAAACAGCCCUUCACCGUGCAGCACAGUUACGGUGGACAGCCGGGCUUAGUUACCUGUUGUCGGCGGGGGCGUCCGUGUAUGCCAAGAAUCAGUUCGGACAGACGCCCCUGCACUACGCGGCGGCGUCGCAGUCGACCGCAUGCAUUAAGCUACUUCUCUCCUCCGGGCGGCCAGGAGUAGUGGAUCACCGGGACAUGCGAGGACACACGCCUCUGCACGAUGCCAGUGCGUCAGGGUGCGUUGAGGCGAUUGCAGUCUUGCUCAAGGCAGGGGCUCUGGUGCGCGCCAAGGAUGCGAACGGAGAAACGCCGCUUCACAAGGCAGCGAAGGCGCGCUCGAUUCCCUCGAUGGUGGCGCUCCUCAACGCAGGAGCCGAUCUCGCAGCCGUUGAUGACAACGGGGAAAGCGUGCUGUCCUAUAUCCUGCAUCAUCUCCCUGGCACCAUGGAUGCGGUUUUUGACCACUGCCUGGUCACUAAUUCUCCCAAAAUUAAUACAAAGACUUUGGAAGUAUCUCUGAACUUUUUGCCUCUUACCUGUUCAUUCGAGAAGAAUCAGGUACAAAACCUACAGUCAUUUGUGGACAUGGGUCAGGCAAAGCUCCUGAGCCACCCUCUUUGUGAAGCUUUUCUUCUUCUUAAGUGGAUGAAUGUUCGGAGGUUAUUUUUGAUAGAAGUUGUCUUUUAUUUUAUUUAUGCAACGCUGACCACCAUUCUGACCUUCAACAAAUUUGUGUGGACAACAAGUCACACUAAUGUUAGCGAACUCGUAAAGGAGCGAGGCGAGGAUUGGAAGGAGUGGGGCGAGUCCCACGUGCAGGGCGAGUGGGGGCUGUCAGCUAUCCCAGAUAAAGCUGAAGAGGUUCUCAAAGGCCUGGUGAUAUUUCAGACAGUAUUAAUCCUCCUACAGCAGCUAUUAUCCCUUAUGCAGAAUAAGCUAGCAUGGUUCCGAUCGCUUUCUGGCAUCCUCCAUGUGAUGAUAACUCUCCUCGUUCUGCUGGUCGUGCCUUUCCCGGUGCCCGCGGAGUGGCAACACCACCUGGCCACAUGGAUGCUCCUGCUGAUGUGGACCGAGUGCAUGGUGCUGAUCGGACGAUUUCCAAACUGUGGCAUAUAUGUCGUCAUGUUUACCAGAGUGGCCAAGGUCUUUGUUCGUAUAUUUGCUAUAUACUUUUGCCUCCUCCUUGCAUUUUCGUCUGCGUUCUAUGUUGCGCUACAUUAUGCCAAGGACUCUGGCACAGGAGAGCAAGAGAACCAGGUGUUCACCAACCCAGUCUUAACAUUCACCAAGACACUGACGAUGAUGAUCGGUGAACUUGACUUUGGAGACGAUUUUGUGGUUGGAUUAUCACACUUAGUGGCAACUGGACACAUAAUCUUUCUGUUCUUUGUCAUCCUCGUCUCCAUCAUCCUCUCCAAUCUUCUAGUGGCUCUUGCAGUCAAUGACGUUCAGGGUUUGAGGAACUCGGCUCAUCUGGAGAGGCUUAUAAAGCAAACAGAGUUGGUGUUUCAGAUGGAAAAGAACUUCUCCACGGCAUCAUACCUUGGGUCUCACAUUAAGAUUCCCAAAUUGCGAGAAAUGCUGACGAAGGUUUCCUAUAUAUGCAAACAUGAUUGCUACAACUCCCGUGCUUUUCUUCUUCCGAACCAUCCAAAAAAGGCCAACAGACUCUACAUGGUGGAGAAUAAGAAAUGCGUUGACGUCGCCUUGCCUUCUUUCCUGAAAACCAACAUCAUCGAGUGCCUGAGGGCGCGGGAGACCGAGUCCGCCGACAGCAAGGGCAGCGUCCGCGCCAGGAAGGGCAGCAGGAUUCGCCGCGGAGAGUACCACCGCAAUGAGCAGCAAGAUUUGAAGGUCAGCAUCAAGGAGCUCGAGGCCAACGUGGCUGAAAUUAUGAGCGAAAAGGUCGACGAGAUAACAGAGACAUACGGCGCUCUCGCUAAGAGGAUAACGACUCUUGAGGAAAAUCUAGAGAAGUUAAUUAACCUGUUGAGCAAAAACACCAAUGGUGAAAAUCCAAACCCUAGUCAAACUGAAUAAUUGAUGAAGCCUGGUUGAUUUAUUUUUCAUUUUUUAAAUGGAAGUAUUUAGUGCCAAGGGGUUGAAUUUUUACCCACAGUAUCUUCAACGUUAUAUACGAUUCUCUUGUCUUGUAUUUAUUCUCUGUGAUACCUUUUGGAACUGUGCCUCUUAUGGGAUUAUUAUAGUCUCCUGUAAAUCAAGGGCAUAGGUUGUGGUAAUUCCUGUGAUCAUUGUACAUUUGUAACGAAAUGAUCACUUCCAGAAAAGUAUAGAGCUUAUGCUGAUGCUUGAGGCCCGGUUUCUAAUCAAUCUCCGGUUAGGGUAGCAGUAAUUAAUCUGUGAUAAGUUUUGAUGGUAUUUUAAUAUUUUAGUAAUAGUUCCCUUUCCAUAAUAUUCUCAUGAGAGUAUAAAGCUGAGAGUGAUAUGUAAAUAUAAUUCAGAAACUGAGUAUGUGUCUGCCAUUGUGAGAAGCUUUAUAUUAUAAUGGUGUAUAUAAUAUAAUUACAUUACCCGGAAAAGUUAAAAUUAAAUACAAGAAUUUACUGUCUAGACUUUUCAAGAACGGGA